AUGAGUCGUCAUAGUAAGAAUGCGACGGCAGCAACGCAUUUCACGUAUCGUGAACGCGAGGCAGCAGGUCAUGGAACGAUAAAACGACGUUAUGGCAGUGAUUCUCAGCUUUCAUUUGGUGUCUGUUGUCUCUGUCUUGCAUCAACGUCUAGUCGACGUCCUCUUGUAUCUCGUGAUGGGUUUGUAUACUGUAAAGAAUGUAUUUAUGCGAAUCUCUUGGCGCAAAAGCGAACGAUUCAGGAUAAUGUUGCAGCUUAUGAGCGUUCUAUAGAGUCAAAGGAGACACAGAAACAAGAAAUGAUACGACAGCAGGAACGUGAGAGACUGGAGAAAGCACUGGAAGGAGCGGAAGCCAAAGAGAAGCAGGAUGAGACGUUAUUGACCAUGCACAAGCUUCAGGAAAAAGUCGAUCGAGCUACUGAUGAAGAAAAGCGUCAAGCCAUGAAGAAAACAAGCUUUUGGAUUCCAGAUUGUACUCCUACAGAGGAGAAGAAGGUGGAGAAACCGGAUUUAAUGACAAGAGACCCUAUGAGUCUUAACGAGAUGAAGCUUAAACAUUUAAUGCCUGUCAAGUUUGACUGGGACACGAGUACAGCUGAUGGACAACCUAAAGUGCUGUGUGCUGUGACGAAAAAGGAGAUUAUUCAUCGUCAUGCUGUCUUACUAAGACCAUCGGGACAAGUGAUUCUUGCGAGUUGUUUACAAGAUAUGGUACUGCCUACCAUGACGUGUCCAGUGACGGGCCUUAAACUACGCAAGAAAGAUAUUGUACAUCUGCAAACUGGAGGCACGGGCUUUAGUGCACAUAGUAAUGUGGAAGCUAAAAAGUAUCGACCUGCCAUGACGUAG